AUGGCUAGACCAAAGGUUUUAUUAGUUCUUUACGCUGGUGGUAAACACGCUCAAGAAGAAAAGAAAUUAUUGGGUGCAAUUGAAAACGAAUUGGGCAUCCGUCAAUUCAUCGAAGACCACGGUUACGACUUGGUUGCAACUACUGACAAAGACAGACCAGGUUCUGCUUUUGACACCAACUUGGAAGAUGCUGAAAUUGUCAUCACUACUCCAUUUUAUCCAGCAUACUUGACCAAGGAAAGAAUUGCCAAGGCACCAAAAUUGAAGAUUGCCGUUACUGCCGGUGUUGGUUCUGACCAUGUUGACUUGAAUGCCGCCAACGAAAGAGGCAUUGCCGUUUUGGAAGUCACUGGAUCCAACGUUCAAUCAGUUGCUGAACACGCCGUCAUGACCAUGCUUGUUUUGAUUAGAAACUACAACAUUGGUCACUUGCAAGCUACAUCUGGUGGUUGGGAUGUUGCCGCUGUUGCCAAACAAGAGUAUGACUUGGAGGGUAAAGUUGUUGCCACUGUUGGUGCUGGUAGAAUCGGUUACCGUAUCUUGGAGAGAUUGGUGCCAUUUGUGAUGCUGAUGCUGUUGCUGAAGCUUUGGAAUCUGGUCAUCUUGCCGGUUACGGUGGUGAUGUUUGGAACGUCCAGCCUGCACCAAAGGACCACCCAUGGAGAAAGAUGCACAACCCAUACGGUCCAGAAUAUGGUAAUGCCAUGA